AUGGCCGCCUUGGUGGACGAGGCCAUGGAGAGCUACGUCUACCCUUCGUACAGCCCCUACUCCUACCGCUACCCGCCCGCCAAGGGGAAGGCCGGGCCGGGCGCGUGGCGGCAGCGGGGCGGCUACUUCGCCAGCUACGGCGAGAGCGCGGCGGCGGCGGCGGCGGCGGCCGAGUACUUCGACAACUACCAGCGGGCGCAGCUGAAGGCCAUCCUGGCGCAGGUCACCCCCGGCCUGACGCCGCGCCUGCGCCGGGCCAACACCAAGGAGGUGGGCGUGCAGGUGAACCCGCGCCAGGACGCCUGGGUCCAGUGCUCGCUCGGGCCGCGCCCGCUGCUGCUGCGCCGUCGGGCCGCCGGCGCGCCGCUGGAGCAGGAGCAGGGCCAGGGCAGCCCGGUGCGCGGCGCGGGCAGCCGGCCCGUGCGCUUCCCCCGCACCAUCGCCGUCUACUCGCCCGUGGCCUCCCGCCGCCUCACCGCCUUCCUCGAGGAGCCCGAGCCCCCCGACAGCGCCAGCAAGGCGCCCGCGCCCGGCCCCGCCCGCGCCAGCUGGGAGAAGCCGGCCGACAGCUCCGCCGAGCCGCAGAAAGACGAGUGGCCAGAGGCGCCGGGCCCCGACGGCGCGGCGGCGGCGGCAGCAGCCCCAGCGCAGGAGAAGGCGCGCGAGGGCGAGGCCGAGGGCAAAGGCGCGCCGGAGAAAGAGCCGCCGCCGCGGGAGGAGCCCGCGCAGAGCAAGACCCGCGUGCGCUUCCAGUUUCUGGAGCAGAAAUACGGCUACUACCACUGCAAGGAUUGCAACAUCCGCUGGGAGAGUGCCUACGUCUGGUGUGUUCAGGGCACUAACAAGGUUUAUUUUAGGCAGUUUUGCCGAACUUGCCAGAAAUCUUACAAUCCCUACCGUGUGGAAGACAUCACCUGCCAAAGUUGCAAGGAGACACGGUGCACCUGCCCUGUGAAACUGCGCCACGUGGACCCCAAGAGACCCCACCGCCAGGACCUCUGCGGAAGAUGCAAAGGCAAACGUCUCUCGUGCGAUAGUACAUUUAGUUUCAAAUACAUUAUUUGA